UUAUCUCGAUUUUCUUUUGCGGAUCACAUUUAAAGAAAAAUUUGGGCAGCACAAUCUAAGAAGCCAACUUUUUUAUUCCUUGACAGAUCUGCCCUUUUUUUUUUGAACAAAAAUGUCGAUCGAUGCUGAAAAAGGUGAAGCUCAACCUAAAGUUGACAUUGAAGCUUUAGCUCAGAAAAAACCCGAAGAAACUACUUUUGCUGAAUUGGGUGUCUCUCCUCAACUAUGUGAGGCAUGUGAAAAGAUGAAUUUCAAACAUCCUACAGAUAUUCAAAAAGAAUCCAUCCCAUGGGCCAUCGAAGGCCGUGAUAUUAUCGGUUUAGCUCAAACUGGCUCUGGUAAAACUGCUGCCUUCGCAAUUCCUAUCAUUCAACGACUUUGGGAUAAUCCUCAAGCCUUCUUUGCUUGCGUUUUAGCUCCUACUAGAGAAUUGGCUUACCAAAUCUCGGAAACUUUCGAGUCAUUAGGCUCACUUAUUGGUGUCCGUUGUGCGGUUAUUGUUGGUGGUAUGGACAUGAUGUCUCAAUCUAUUGCUCUUUCUAAGCGACCGCACAUCAUCGUGUGUACACCCGGUCGUCUGCAAGAUCAUCUCGAGAAUACCAAAGGGUUCAGCUUGAAAAAUCUCAAAUAUUUAGUAUUAGAUGAAGCUGAUCGUUUGUUGGAUAUGGAUUUCGGACCUAAAAUUGAUCAGAUUCUCAAAGUCAUUCCUCGCGAACGUAACACUUUCUUGUUCUCAGCUACGAUGACGACCAAAGUGGCAAAAUUACAAAGAGCCAGUUUACGUAAACCCGUUAAAGUGGAAGUCGCCACUAAGUACUCCACCGUUAAAACGUUGUUACAGUACUACCUUUUCUUCCCUUUAAAGCACAAAGAUUGCUACAUGGUCUACUUGAUGAACGAGUUUGCAGGCAACUCCACGAUCAUUUUCACUAGAACAUGCCAUGAUACACAAAAGAUUGCCAUUAUGUUGAGGAAUUUAGGUUUCGCAGCUGUUCCUUUGCACGGACAAAUGCCUCAGGCCAAGCGUUUAGGAGCACUCAACAAAUUCAAAGCGGGCAGCAGAAACAUUUUAGUGGCCACUGAUGUGGCAAGCAGAGGUAUUGAUAUUCCAACGGUUGAUGUCGUGAUCAAUUACGAUGUGCCUCAAUCGUCCAAGGAUUAUAUCCAUCGUGUGGGUCGUACAGCCAGAGCAGGUCGUUCUGGUAAAUCUGUUACCUUUGUUACGCAGUAUGAUGUCGAGUUGAUUCAGCGUAUUGAGAAGGAUCUAGAACGUAAAUUGGACCUUUUCCCCUUAGAGAAGGAUGAGGUGAUGAUGUUGCAAGAAAGAGUAGAUGAAGCCCAGCGUAUUGCUACUUUGGAAAUGAAGGAACAAGAGCACAGCAAGAAGUCCAAACGCGGACGUAAAAACGAUGAUGAUGAUGACGAUGACGUGGAUAAAGAAGAGCAGGGAUUAACGUUAACAAAAAAAAAAUUCAAGGGUGGAAAUAAGAAGAGACGUUAGAGAAAUCGUGUAUAGAAGCCUAUAGCAAACUUGCACACCCCUUUUUUUUUGUAUAUAGUUUAAAUUUUUCAUUUGAUCGAAUAAACGGAAAGCAUAGAUUUUUCAGAUACCUAAAGAAAAAUGAAAAAUGGAGAAACCGGUGGGGGAGCGUAUCAAUGUAUUUUUCAACCUUGAAAUGUAAAUUACAUAUUUUGUAACACAAAAUCUGUAAAAUAAACCUAAUCUGAUGUGUUUUAUCAGAUCAAAAGGGGGCGGGCCAUUUAGAAAAGGAAAUGGUUCCUGAAUUAGGCCUUUUGAAGAGUGUUUC